AUGAGCCAUGAGGCGGUUCCUGAGGAUGAGGAGGAGGAUGAGGAGGAUGAGGACCAAUUGAAAAUCCCUAGCAAAGGGAGGAGAAAGAGUCUGAAGUGGGAGGAGGGCGGUGUGAGGAGUUGGGACAGAGUGCUGGAUGACUUCGGUGCAUCCGUCAACUUUAUUUUUAGCUCUGAUGAGACCGCAAAGAUGCUGAAACACUUUGGAGCAAAGCUUCUUCUGGGUGUGAAGAAAAGCAGCAGCAGCAGCAGCAUGUGUCCAGAUAUCCAGGUGAAGUUAUCCGCUGAAGCCAGGGGGAAAGACUCGAGGGUGGUUGCCAUGAUGCUAAAGGAGUUCCCACAUAAGGCCUCCUCAGAUGGAAACCCCCUCCUCGCCAUCACAACCAAGCUGGGUAGGGAGCACCAAGAGAGCCGACCGUUGCUCAGCCCCUCCAUCGACGACUUCCAGAGCGAGAGUAAGAGUGAUGGAGCCACACGACCGGUCACCUCUAACACAGCAGUCAUCUCGACAGCGCUGGACCUGGUGGACCUGAGUGAGCCAUGUGAGAGGAGGUGGACUUGGGAGCGCCGCAGCCCUCGCGGCUAUUCCAAGAACAGUCUCCGCAGGAAGAAGACAGAUGAGACAGAGCUGAUCCAGGUGGAGACUGAGCAGUUCUCACCUGGACACCUGAACCCUGAGAGAGCUUCGUUAGACUCGGUGAGCAGCUCACCGCGGGAGAGAUGGGAUGAAGUGAGCCUUCAUCCAGACAGCGCCUGGGAUGGAGGGAGGAAGUGUAGGUACGAGAGGAAGAGGUGCACCUCACAUCACUCCUCCAGCGAGCUGCUCUGGUCGGCUGACUUUAAAAGCAACCUCUCAAACAAACACACGCUGGAGAUGAGCAUGAGCAUGGAGUCUGACCCUGGGCCGACGUCUCAGCGGCCCAAGCUGAGACUGGGAAGCUCUCUGUUCGGCAGGCAGCACUCUCUGGAGGAGGAGUUUGUGCGAGCCAAAGCUGCUGUGGAGUCAGACACUGAGUUCUGGGAUAAGAUGCAGGCCGAGUUGGAGGAGCUCGCGCGACGAAACUGGCUGGAGGACUUGGAGAGUAAAGGCAAGAAUCCAGCCAACAUUUCGCCCAAUGAGACGGGUUACUACUUCCAUACGAACAACCCGUAUAAAGACUGGCCCAAUGCGUUCGAAGAAGGACUGCAGAAAUCCAGAGAGGGCGACCUGAACACUGCCGUCCAGCUGCUGGAGGGAGCCAUCUUACAGGACCCUCAGGACUCCGAGGCUUGGCAGGUGCUGGGCACCACGCAGGCGGAGAAUGAGAACGAGCAGGCCGCCAUCGUCUGCCUUCAGAGGUGUCUGGAGCUGCACCCAAAUAACCUGAGUGCUCUCAUGGCUCUGGCAGUGAGUUUGACCAACGCGGGACGGCAGCAGGAAGCGUGUGAGGCUCUGCACCGCUGGAUCACACACAACCCCACCUACACACACCUCCUACAGGAGCGCAGCGCUCUGGACGGCUCACCAUUGCCCCAACGCAGGGGCUCCAACAUCUCCCCCAUCCCCACUCUCGGAUGCUCCCAGCUGGUGGAGGUGUUAGAGCUUUAUCAGGAAGCCAUGCAGCAGAACCCGGGCUGCGUGGACCCUGACCUGCAGACGGGACUCGGUGUGCUUUUUAACCUCAGCUCUGAGUUUGAUAAAGCUGUGGACGCCUUUAAUGCAGCGCUGUCUGUACGGCCUGAGGACUAUCUGCUCUGGAACCGUCUGGGGGCGACUCUGGCUAACGGAGACCGCAGCGAGGAGGCUGUUGAGGCCUACACCCGAGCUCUGGAGCUGCAGCCCGGCUUCAUCCGCUCCAGAUACAACCUCGGCAUCAGCUGCAUCAACCUGGGAGCACACAGGGAGGCGGUGAAUAAUUUCUUGACGGCUCUGAACCAGCAGAGGAAAAGCAGGAGCCACCAGGUGAUGUCCAGCAGCAUCUGGGGAGCGCUGCGCAUCGCUCUGUCACUCAUGGACCUCCCGGAGCUGUUCCACGCCGCCAGCAUCGGCGAUCUCGACCUCCUCAUGCGUGCUUUCAAUGUGGACAUGGGACCCUGA